AUGGCGACGCUAAAGACCUUCUCUCUUCUACUGGUGUGCCUGCUCCUGGCAGUGGUGCUAGGGGACAAGGAGGAGGGUCACUCCAGACCCUACCCUAAGGUCAGCGGCUCUCAACCUCGAGGACCGAGAUAUGCGGAGGGGACUUUUAUCAGUGACUACAGCAUCGCCAUGGACAAGAUCCGACAGCAAGACUUUGUGAACUGGCUGCUAGCCCAGAAGGGGAAGAAAAACGACUGGAAACACAACAUGACCCAGAGGGAGGCCCAGGCCCUCGAGCUGGUCAAUCGAUCUACCAGGAAUGAGGAGGAGAAGCCCAGUUCCCUACCCAAGAACCCCAGUGAUGAAGAUUUGGUAAGGGCCCUGCUGCUUCAGGAGGUGCUGGCCUGGCUGGUAGACCAGAUGGAGCGCUGCAGACUCAGGUCAAGCUUGCGGGAGCGAGCCCACGCGGAAAAGGCGGAGGGGGCCACCAGCGAGUAG